CGGAGGAAGGCGGGGGCGGCCCGAGUUCGCCGGGCGCCGCUCUCAGCUCCGGUCCGCCAUCUUCCCGCCGGCAAACACUUCAAACUCUCUUCGCCCACCUCCGCUCGGCGCCUUUCCCCAAGCCGCGGGCUGGGGCUGCGCAUGUGGGCGACCGCCGGAACUUUUCGCCGCCGCUCUCUCAGGGGCGGCGGGCGGCGGCGGCCCGGCGGCGGCCCGGCGGGGCGCCCCGCAUGCACUCAGGGGCCGGCCCCCCGCGCGGGGCGGGCACCGGGGCAGCCCCGCUCCCGCCUUCCCGGCCCUCUCCUCCGCCACGCUCCCGCCUCCCGCCCUCCUCCCUCCCUCCCGCCCGCCCUCCCCUCUCCGCCGCCGGCUGCCGGCCCGGCGGGGCGGCCCCAGCGCUCACAGCCGGCGGGCGCCGCGCCGCAGCCUGACGAAGCCCUGCAUCGCCCGGCGCCCCCCGCCCGGCCCCGGCGCCGCUCGCUCCUCGCCGCGCGGCCCCCGGGAUGCGGCGGCGGCGGCUCCCGAUCCUCGCCGCCUCCUUCUCCUUCUCCUCCUCCUCCUCCUUCCCCGCCCCUCCCGCCUUCUCCCGCCUCCCCCGGGCCGCGGCUGCCGAACCCCGCGCCCUGCCUGCCCGCCCGCGGGCCGCGACCCCCGCCUCAGCCGGCCCCCCGCGCGCCGCCCCCGCCCCGGCCCCGCCGCGCUGACCUCAUCCAGCCACGCAGCCCCGCGCCCCCAUUGGCGGGGCGUCACGUCCGGGGGGGCGGGGCUUCCGCUGCACCCAUUCAUAAGCCGCCGCCGGGCGCGGGGCGCCGCCGUGCCGCCGCCGCGGGGACGGGCGGAGGGGUUGCGGGAGCGCGGGUACCCAUCCGGGUACCGCCGUGGGGUCCGCUGCGCCCCUCCGUGCUGAGGUUCCUGCGGGGCCGGGCCGGUCUCUACCGGUGGCUGGGGGGACUUCAGCAGCCCCGCGCGGUUCACGUCGCCCCGGGGCCUGGUUGGGGUUGACCCAGGGACACCCACAUGUCUCGGCUGCUGGGAGCUGUCCGAGCGUCCUUCCAGCUGCGUGGUUGUGCAUCACCUCCUCUGCUCCUUGGCGCCUGGUUCUGUGAUUGGCAGCCCGCUGUGCUGGGAAAGCUUUGUUCUCCCGGAGGCAAAUCCCUCUGUGACCAACCCCAGGGCAGGGCUGUAGGAUGGGACGGGAGCAUGGCAAACAGCACCGCUUGCUGCAGCGUGGGCUGCUCUGUGAGGGGCGGUUGCACCCCAGGUGGAUGUAGGUGCCUCAGUCAUGUCAGCUCAGCCACCAAGCACGAUGAAGUGUACCACGGACCCCUGCUCUUCCAUGCCCCCGGGGCUCCUGUCGUGUUCUCUCAUCCCCUUCCGCUUCUGUGGAGCUGAGGAGAAACUGCGUGUGUGGGGGCACUGUGCCUCCUCACGGAGGAGAGGGGCGGCCUGCUGUGGAGGGUGCGUUGCUGGCAGUGAGUGGGGUUGGGUCUGCAGCUGGAGCUGAGAGGAGACCGUUCCCUUCCACAGUAAUUCAGUUGUAGGGAGGACUGCUGGAGGAAGGAGGCCGGGGUUUGGGGCAGAAGAAAGGAGUGAGAAUGAUAAGAAAAUGUCGCGUUCCUGAAGUGAGGUGUUAUUGAUGGCUGGCAGAGAUUUGGGUCUGGGGGCAGAAGUUUUGGUCUGAGAUACGAUGGUGAGGAAGCAGGAUUAAAUAUUAAUGUGCUAAUUAACCCUGUAAGCCUUCCUUGCAACAUUUGUCACAGCCCACAUGCCAAAACUGGGAUGCUGCUGAAGAAAAAAGAGGUCAGCUUCUUGAAAGGUGAACUCGGGCUGCUCGCAGAGGCACCUUCUGUCAAGUGCAGGAAGAUGGAAUCCCAUUACUGUCUGCAAAUUAAGCCUCUGGGGACCGGUUUCAAACAGAAAGCAGCCUGCAAGCUGUGCUGUCUGUGCCAAGAACUGUUGCAAGCGGAUUUUGAGGAUCAGGUGCUGGCGAUCCCAUGGCAUGGAGGAGCUCCUCACCGCCACAGGAAGGACACAAAAGCCACUGGGUUUCCUGCAGAGCUGUGCCACACUGGAGGUGCCGAAGCCAUUACCAGCUUCACAAUAAAGACUUAAGUUUUAAAAUGUCUGAAUCUGGACACAGGCAGAAAUGAUGUCAUUUCACAACACAGACAUAAACCUCUGCGGAUCACUGCUGCCCCUCCUGUGCCAUAUGAUUACUGUGAACAGGCCUGGAUGGCAUGGUGCUGAGCGAGAUGCACUUGGGGAUAUGUGUGUGCCCCUAAUGGGGCUGUAAAGCUGUGGCAGUCACUGGUGUUUCUGAAGGCUGCCUUUACAAGCCCACCAUUAACUGUUUGUUACUGUUGUGGGCACCACAGGUGCUGACAGGACCAGCAGGCCUGGCUGCGGCCUGGCAAGGGCUGCAGGCCUUUCUGACCCUGGUUCUUCACCCUUUGUGCUCUUCCACCUGUCCAAUCUGCACUAAUCACCCCGAGUCGGAUUUAAAGAAAGGCUCUUUUGGGGUCUUCCUUUUGGUGACCAGGUGCAGGCUGUGAUGCCUCCAAAUUGUAGUUGCACAGAGUUCCCUGCUCAGCCACCACCUGACUGGUUGACCGUGAAGUCACAGUACCUUCCACCUUCCUUAUGUAAAAAUUCCUUACUGCUUUGCACACUUGGAUGCACCUUCCUUGUACCUGCUGAGUUAUGUCCCUGAUUCACCCAAUGGACAUUUAAUGUUUCUCCAUCUCCUUUGCCUCAAGGGUUCAAUCUUGGGUCUUGGAAAAUACUUCUUGGAUUGAAAGCCACAUAAAACAGAAGAGGAAAUGC